AUGAACCGAACCCUGUCACUGCGUCGGAAGGUGAAAAAGACGGAAAUAUCGUCGCCUUCCAACUUCGAGCAUCGAAUCCAUGCCGGCUACGACGCCAGAACUGGCACCUAUACGGGGCUUCCUAAAGUGAUCAAUAAUUAUCGAUUUGAGGAUAAUAAUAUUUAUUUUUUCAAGCAAUGGCAAGCUCUACUAGGGCCACCACGUUCUUUAUCCGGCCGACCAAAACCGAUGGUCGAUCCUUCCUGUAUAACUCCGGUGGAUGUCGCCGAGUUAAAAACGGUUAUCAGAGGGCCUGCUUCGAGGUUCUUGUAAGCUAAAUAAAUGAAAUGAAAGUCUAUUUUGAGAUAUUCCACGCCACAGCCGCCCAGCGUCGCCCGGAGCAAUAGUCUUCGGGUUAUUCCGUCACCUAUUGUUAACGUUUCACAUCGACAUGUUAACCGGCCACCUCCACCGCCAGCCCCUUCACCGUUAGUUUCAAAAAAAUUUUUUUUCACGGCUUGCUUGAGAAAAAAAGUUUUGAAAUGAAAAUGGGGACUCUCCCCAUGCGCCUUUAAUAGUGUUUUCAUUUUUUGGCCGUGAGAAGGGGAUAAAAAAGUCUCGUGGUGAAAUAAAAUUGGGGAACCCAUGCGCCUAUAAUAUGAUAUUGUUUUAAGCCGUUAGAAGGUGAGAAAAAGUCUCGUUUUGAAAUGAGGCUGGUGAUUGUCAUCAACUCCUUUAAUAGUGAUCUUGUUUUUGGCCGUAAAAAGUUAAAUAAAAAAGAUCUCAUUAUGGAAUAAAGUUGGGGAACCCGUGCGCCUUUAAUAGUAAUCUUUUUUAGGGCCAUGAGAGUUAAUUAAAAAAAAAUCUCGACGUGAAAAUAAAUCGCAGUGACUUUUUAUGAGCUUUUGAUAUCAAUCUUAUUCAGGCCGUGAGAAGUUAUCUCUAGAAAAAAUCUGGCCGUGAAAUAAAAUUGUGAUAUCUCCCCAUGCCUCUUUAAUAGUAAUCUUAUUCAGGCCGUGAGAAGUUAAUUUUAAAAAAUAGCGUGGUGAAAUGAAGUUGCACAGGCUUCUCAUGCGCCUUUAAUAUUAAUAUUAUUUUAAGCCGUGAGAAGGUGAUAAAAAAGUCUCGUUUUGAAAUGAAACUGGGAACUCUCUCCAUGCGCCUUUUAAUAUUAGUCUUAUUUAGGCCGUAACAAGUUAAUUUUGAAAAAAAUCCCGUCGUAAGAUUAAUCACAGUGCGCCUUUAUAGCAAUCUUAUUUUAGGACUUAGGAAACUAAUUUUAAAGGCGCAUGGCGAUAAGCUGUAAGGUUAUUUCAUUUUUCGUUCUGGGAUUUCUUGAAAAUUGGCACGACUACUCUUUGAUGAACUAGGAAGUGAUCCUGAAAGUUGUAAGCUUUAUAAUUUCCAAGUAUUCGAGAAAAAAAUAGAAAAUGCAAAGUUCAGGAGACUUGGAAUUAUAUUUCAAAAAAAUUCAUAGAGAAAAAAAUGACAGUAUCUUAUUUGGGAAGAUCCAUGUAUUUUGACGUUGAGCGCUUUUUUUAAAUAACUUUCUGUUGGUAUUUUAAUUUUAUACAGUCAUUCGAACACAUUGAAUGAAAAAUUUGUAUGUACUUGAAUAAUUAUAAAAAAAUAAAGUUGAAAAAAACAAAUUUUUUUCUUUGAAAUACCCGUUUCAAGCAAGCGACUGUAACUCGGAUUUCUAAACAAGAAAAAAAAAAUAUUAAAAAAAAAUUUAGAAUAGUUCGGCCGGUGAACAUCUCCACCACGUCCUCCCAAGUUCCGAUUCAACAUCGUGGAUAUCCGUUUAAUGACCCGAAUUAUGCGCCCCUUCCACUGCGCAACAGUACGGUGGUUGUACAGAAAACGACGACUUUUGGCCCGGAAAAUGUUGGUUUUUAGUUGGAUUUUGAAAAAAAAAAAGGUUCAGAAGAUUUUAAAAAGAGUUUCAGGAGUUUAGAGCUUCAUUAUCGUUUUUUUGAUCUGCCAAAAAUUGAAUUAAUAGAGGAAAAAGUUGUUCCCUGAUGUUGAAGACUUCAAAGGAUUUUUUGUGAAAGUUGAAAAAAAAAUAACAUUUUAGGGAAAUCUAAGCCCCCAACGGACAAUUUCGGAAAACUCCUAUAGAAGUCCUGUUCGUCUGGACGAUGCGGGAAAUUUCAAGAAUUUUCAGGUGAUUUUGAGGCGUAAAAACCGUGAUUUCAUUUUUUCAAAGGAACUUUUUUUAAAGGUGAAACUUGUUAUUUCCACUUUUUCGGGUCUUCAGAACUUGAAAAAAUGUUAUAAAUGCUCCAAAAAAAAAUGCUUUUUUUCAGGGGUUUUUGAAGGUGUAAAAAUGAUCUUUUUCAAUUUUUCAGUUUAUAUCCAUUUCAAUAAUAUUCUUCCUUCACAGGCAGGAAAAAAAUAAAAAAAUAAAAAUAGAAUAAUGAAUAUAAACUUAGAAGAAGCAAAUAAAAAAACAAAUUGCGGCCCUUUUUAUGGGGAAAAAUUGAAGAUUUUACACUUUUAAGUAGAUUUUUUUGACUAAAAAAAUGUUUUUCCACUGAUUUUUCGUACAGAACUGUUCCGGAAGUCCCCAAAAUUUAAUAGAAUAAUGAAUAUAAACUUAGAAGAAGCAAAUAAAAAAACAAAUUGCGGCCCUUUUAUGGGGAAAAUUGAAGAUUUUACACUUUUAAGUAGAUUUUUUUGACUAAAAAAUGAUUUUCCACUGAAUUUUCGUAUAGAAAAUUGUUCCAGAAGCCUCCGAUCCACACCUCUCCCAAAAUUCUGAGUUAUCCUACCUCGAAUAAUUCCUCGCCGGCAAAGUCGCUCAACGGCGAAGUUUCCUAUGAUGAGGUGGAAUAUUCGAAAAAAUAAGAGAAUAAAUAAAUGAACUUCCAGUUUCGGAAAGCUCUCCGAUUCGUCGUCGAUGGAAGUGAUCCCCGCAGUGAUUUGGCCGAUUUCAAGCAAAUCGGCGAAGGGUCGACGGGAAUCGUCCAGGCGGCAUAUAAGGUGAAUUUGAAGGAUCUUUGACGGAUUUAAGUAAAAAAAUUAAAUUUUUUUCGUUUUUUUCACAACCCAUGAGUCAGGGAGUAGAUUGAAAUUAGAUAAAAAAAUCAAUAAUUUUAUGAUUAAUUUUUUUAUAUUUGACUUCAAUAAUGGGUAUAAUUUUUUUGAAAAAAACGUGUUUUUGUUCAUAUUUUUCUUGAUCCAAUAUGUUUCAGAGGAUCUUCUGAUCACAGAUGUUUUGUAAAUAAAUUCAAAGAAAACAGCUUUUUUUCAGAAAUUUACCAACAAAAAUUAGAUUUUUAUAGAACCCCUGACUUAAGAAGUAUUGAAAUAAGAGGAAAAUCGGAAAUUGUGAAGGUUAUUUUUCCUAUUAAACCUCAAUAAUGGAUAUACGCGUUGUUUUUUUCAUAUUUUUUUAGAUUCUUUACAUUUUUUUAAGGCCUUGCUGAUCAUGAUCUUGACAUUUGUUCCAAAAAAUAGCGUCGUCUUUUCAGAAAUCCACCCAACAAAUCGUGGCCGUCAAAAGGAUGAAUCUGAAAAAAAGCAACAGAGAAGGGAGCUUCUUUUUUUAACGAGGUGACUUUGAAUGAAAAAAAGAUGAAAUAUUAUAAAAAUUUGGCCAGUUUCGAGUUCAGAUGAAAGUUCUUUAAAGAAUUUUUUUGAUAUAAAAAUUUUUCUAGCAUGCUUCUUGUCGUUUUCAAGGAUAAAGGUUGAUUUGAAUUUUCAAAAAAAUGCUCUUUUUUUCAGUAAUUUACAAAGUUUAAAUCUUCUAGACCCUUAAAAAUUCCGAUGAAAGUAAAAAAUUUUUUUCCAAAAAUUUCAAUUUUGCCUAGCAUUUUUUUGUAGUUUUUUUCAGUGAUACAGGUCGAUUUGGAAAAGAAAAAUGCUCUUUUUUUCAAUCGUUAAAAAAAGUUCUGAUAUUUUUAGACCAGUAAAAUUUGAAGGAAGGUAGUUUAAAUAAUUUUAUCGACUUUUUAAAGUUUGUCUAUAGCACUUUUAUAGUCGUUUUCAGUGAUAAGGGUCGAUUUAAAAAAAUUGGAAAUGCUCUUCUUUCAGUCUUUUAAAAAAAUUCUGAUAUUUUAAACCGUUAAAAUUUGAUAGAAAGUCUUUUUAAAUAACUGUUUUUUUAAGAUUCGAAAGUUGUAUUGAGCAUUCUUCUAGUCGCUUUCAGGUAUACUGGUCGGUUUAAAAAUCAGUAAAUGCUAAUUUAUCAGUUUAGAAGCUUCUCAAUCAUUUUUGACGAUAUUUUAAUUUUCAACGUUGAGUUACCAUUUAAGGUGUCGAUUCUCCGAGAUUACCAACAUCCGAACAUUGUUCGUAUGUACUCAUCCCAUCUGAUUGACGACGAAUUGUGGGUCGUCAUGGAGUUCAUGGAAAGCGGGUCCCUUACCGAUAUCGUCACCACGACUAGGUAAAUUUUCUAGAAACAGCAAAAAUCAACAAAAGGCGUUAAUUUUAGAAGAAUUUGUAUAGAGAUCUCGGAAAUUUUUCAAUUAGUGGCCACUUGACUAUAAUUUAGCCGCCUCUUUCGAAGUCUAAAUGGGACUACUAGACCACUAAAAACUACUUUAGGGACUACUAGACCACUGAAAAACUACUUUAGGGACUACUAGACCACUGAAAAACUACUUUAGGGACUACUAGACCACUAAAACUACUGUAGGGGCCACCACGACGCAAAAUAGUGACAUAUAUAUUUUUAGUGGUCACUUUAGUGUCAAAGUAGUUCUUGAGGAACCUCUUAAGUGCCCGCUGAAGUUUUUUACAGAUAAAGCCAGCAAAAAUGGAAAUUUCUCUCCAAGCCAACAAUUUUCGAACACUCAUAAAAUUCCCAUUUUUGGGAAUUUCAUGAGUGUUCGAAAACCUCUGUAGGAAAUUCAAGUUAAGUUUUCAUUGUCACUGGGAAAAGCCCUAUUGGCCGCUUGAAAGGCCCCUUAAGGGCUACUCGGAAUGCCACUAAAACCACCUCUUCAGAAGCAACUUCUUUGCGUCAUAGCGGCCACUAUAGUAGUUUUUUGGGGCAGUGCCACUCCGGCUCCUAAAAAAUUAACUCUAAAUUUCAGUCGUCUAGCUAAACUGUUUAAUGUUCUAAAGAGGCCACUGAAAUUUAGUCACCUAACUGGCCAUUGAUUCGACUACUAUAGAGACCAAUAAAACAUAAAAACCCUGAAUUGGUCACUAUAUGUUUCCACUGUACUUUUCCAGGAUGACUGAGCCUCAAAUUGCGACGGUAGCCAAGCAAGUUCUACUCGCUUUGGAGUUUCUCCAUGCUCGAAGAGUUAUCCAUCGAGAUAUCAAAAGUGAUUCGAUCCUGUUGAAACGCGAUGGAACUAUCAAGGUGUCCCAUAAGCUUUUUUGAGUAUAAACCCGAAUUUUUUAAGCUAUCGGACUUUGGAUUCUGCGGCCAAUUGUCGGAUGAAGUCCCCAGAAGGAGAUCGUUGGUUGGGACGCCUUAUUGGACAGCGGCUGAGGUUUGAAAUGAAGAAAAAUGGGGACUUUAAGCUUUUUUGUGAGUUUAUUAGAUUUAUCAGAACCUAGGCUAUAUAAAAUGUGUUAGAAGUCCGAAUAAACCUUGAAAAGUCAAUAAAAUGAGAAGAAUCUGAUUUUACAGUGUCGGUUUCAAUUGAAAAAAUGGGUUGAGAUUGUUAAAAACAAUCGUUUUUUGGCGGAGGUAAAUUCUAAGCAUUGAACUGUUUGUUACCUUGAAGGGGAAUGAAAUUUUGGGAAAAGGUACCUUUUUUAAUUGGUGAGGUUGCCUGUAACCAUACAUCAGUUCCACCCCACCUUUUUUUGAGCGCGAAAAAAUUUCAAAAAUGUACGGAAAUAGGCCGUUCUUUUUUUGAGGGGGGUCUAGCCGACGUAGGCCUGUAACUCGUUAAUCAUUGAGAAGAAAAAAACAUGUUAAGAGUUUAGGUAAUCGCCCUGGGAGCCCUAUGA